GAUAACCAGAUUGAUCAGAGAAACGCACAUAAACCCGUAAACAUAACUUUUUUUUCUUUUCCCACAUAAAACCCUGGUCUUCUUUGUACCUCCUGAAAACUGAAAACUCGAGUGGGAAUGUGGGAUCUGCAGAUGCGACAGUGCCCGCCCGGCCCUUUCGCGUCGCAGACGCUUUGUGCCCAAGGAAAAUUAAAGAUUAGUUUUGCAUGAUAGAGGAGGUUAGUAUUAGCUGCGCCUUCCCUGUCCCCUUUCUCCUCUCGAUCGCCCAAAUGAUUCCACACCAUGGAUAUCAUCUUUAUAAGCAGCAUCGCAAUCCAGCCUCAUCAGAUCCUGCCUGGUCCACCCUGUCUCUCACUCCCUCACUGAUCACUCGCCGCACUGCAUGCGAGCCAACCGGCCGAGCAACUUAGAGCUUCGCGCCGGCGCUAGCUGCUGGCUGCUGCACUUGCACGGUAUAUAUAGGCGAUGCUGGCCGUGACGGUGAGCCAGGUGGUGGCCCUGCUCUCCUCGGCCCUGUCCGGCGGCGGCAUGGAGGUCGGGACGAAGGUGGCGGCCGACGGCGAGCGCUGGCGACACCGCGGCGGGCACGACCGCGCGGCGGGGUACUGCUGUGUGUGCAUAUCGGCGUGCCGCGACGGGGAGGAGAUCCGGAGCCUGCCGUGCGGCCACGCCUUCCACCGGGACUGCGUCGACCGCUGGCUGGCGCGCUGCCGGCGGACGUGCCCGCUCUGCCGCCUGCACGUUGGCGGCGGCGCUGUGGGCCUCGCCGGCGAGGAGCAGCACCAGCUCAGCGAGGACCUCGUCAUCUGGUUCUCUUCGCUUUUCGUCUCCGGCUUGUAGGACUGGCCGUAGGAUCGACAAGCUAAGCAAUGCGCAUCUCUGCUGUAAGCGUAUAAAUAUACGGGCAAGGAGUAGGAUCGUCACUCGUAGUUGGCUUCUUUAGUUCCUUUGCUGGCUUGUUAGCUUUCUUUGUCAUAAAGAUUACUCGAAGGAUAAAAGUUUCUUCGAUCGUGCUAAA